GUUGGUGUGGUGGGAGUUUUGUCCUUCACUCACUGAGGAAUUUUCAUGGCUGAAGAAACAAAACAUACCUCAUAAAAUAUCAGUCUAAUGGCAGCGAUAUAACACAGUAAAUACAGCGAAACGUGUCUUCUUAGAGUUAACACUCAUGGCGAAUGUAAAACAGCCGCUUUUAUUCAGAAAUAAAGACGUUUCGACCGUUAAUAGUUCUGACGGGACACUCAGGAGUUUGGAAAAAACUGGAAGACCGAACCGCGAGAAGGAAAAGGUACAUGGACUGAAAGAUAGAAGCCAGGGCCUCAGGAAAUCUCUCAAUGAUUCACUGGAAGAGGACAUCAGAGACUUCCUUAUUAAUGAAGCUGAACUUCACACGUAUGAUGACCUCACUAAAGUCAACCCGGUGACGCCUUCUACAGUGCUGAAAUGUCUGCAGGCCAGGUACAGCGCGAAGGUUUUCUACACACAUGCUGGCUGCACGCUGGUCGCCCUCAACCCCUUCCAGCCCAUCCCUCAGCUGUACUCUCUGGAUGUGAUGAGGGAGUAUCACACUGCUCCUCAACCUCAGGAGUUUAAGCCACACAUCUUCAUCGUAGCAGAAGAGGCUUAUAGGAACGUGCAAGGCCAGGUGGAGCCCAUUAACCAAUCGCUGGUCGUCUCUGGAGAAAGUGGAGCUGGGAAGACAUGGACGUCACGGUGUCUGAUGAAGUAUUAUGCCACUGUAGCCGCCUCUUCUCAGAAGUGCCAGGACACCGUAGAGAAGAUAGAAAGACGAGUGCUGGACUCCAACCCAGUCAUGGAGGCGUUUGGCAAUGCCUGCACUUUACGCAAUAGCAACAGCAGUCGUUUUGGAAAAUACAUCCAGCUUCAGCUCAACAGCUCUCAGCUGCUAGUUGGGGCAUCAGUGCAGACCUAUCUUUUGGAGAAGACCAGAGUGGCUUUCCAAGCACCAUCUGAGAGAAAUUUUCACAUAUUCUACCAGAUGAUGAAAGGAGCCACAGAGAAACAGAGACUGGAAUGGAUGCUGCCUUUGGAGCAAGACUUUGCUUGGUUGCCACAUGCUGAGAAACCCUUAGAAGAAGACUGUUUGCAAGAGACUGUGGAAGCCAUGAUCAACCUUGGCAUUGAUGAGGGGAAACGUACUCAGGUUUUUAGGAUCCUUGCAGGUCUUCUGCAGCUGGGGAACGUGGACUUCAGUCCUGCAUCAGAAGAGGCUCAGCCUUGUGAUCUUGAUGGACACUCCAAAGGUUUCCUGGGGAAAGCCGCUGACCUGCUGCAGGUGUCCUUAGACAAGCUGCAGUCGUGUCUGACCGUGAGAACUCUGCGCGCUGGCAAACAGAGCGUCCUCAAACCUUGCUCUCAGUCGGAGUGCGGCGUGCGCAGAGACUGUCUGGCUAAAGUCAUUUAUGCACAGCUGUUUGACUGGUUAGUCACUUUCAUAAACAACAGUAUGUGUGCAGACAAUUCCAUGUGGUGCAACUUCAUUGGUUUGCUGGAUGUGUACGGUUUUGAAUGCUUCCUCCUGAACAAUCUAGAGCAGUUGUGCAUUAAUUACGCUAACGAGAAGCUGCAGCAGCACUUUGUGGCUCAUUACCUGAAGGCCCAGCAGGAGGAGUAUGUGACCGAGGGGCUGCAGUGGUCCUUCAUACGGUACCAAGACAACCAGGGCUGCCUGGACCUGAUUGAAGGCAGUCCUUCCAGCAUUUUCUCCCUUCUCAAUGAGGAGUGUCGUCUGAACCGAGCAUCGGAUGCGACGCAGUUUCGUGUGCGUCUGCAAAAGGAGCUCUCGGAUAACUCCAGCAUCAGCUGGGACAAACUCAGCAAAGAGCCCCAUUUUACGGUGGCCCACUAUGCAGGCAACGUCAGUUACCAGAUUGAGGGCAUGAUGGAGAAAAACAAGGACCCGGUUCCACCUGAGAUCAUCAGUCUCCUUCAGAAGUCCCAGGAUUCAUUGCUGCACAGUCUCUUUGCUGAAGAUGACCGUGAGAGCGAAGGGUCUAGAAAACACAGUAAAGUGGUCACUGUUGUCUCCAAAUUUAAGAACUCUCUUGAAAGCUUGAUGAAGAUUUUGCACAGCACCACACCGCACUACACGCGCUGCAUCAAACCCAACCCCGACUGCAGACCGCUCACCUUCAAAAAGGAAGAGGUUAUCGUUCAGCUUGAGGCCUGUGGGAUAGUGGAGACCAUAAACAUCAGUGCAGCAGGAUUUCCCAUCAGGAUCCCAUAUGGCAGUUUCCUCCAAAGAUACGGGCUGAUUGCAAACACCAAACUAACUGCACAAAUAAACCGAGCGGACAGCCCUGGGAUGAGUGAUCAGGCUGUUCUGGGAUCUGCUGUAGAGGAUGUGCUCAAUGUGGUCCUCAUGAGACGUGCCACACACUCCACCCUCAGCCCUGAGGACAACAACAUGGUGCACUGUGGCAGGACAAAAGUCUUUCUCACACACUCCUUGCUGGAGAUGCUGGAGGAGCAAAGGAGCAGGGUGCGCUCACAGAAGGCCUUCUGUAUCCAGUGCUGCUGGCGCAGGCACCAGACCCGUCAGUGUAAGCUGAGGACACAGGCUGCCACCCGCUUACAAGCAGGUGUGAGAACCUGGCUGGUCAGAAGAGAGAUUAAGAAAUGGCACAAAGCUGCAUCAAUCAUCCAAACCAAAUGGAGGCGCUGGAGGGCGUGGAUGGAUGCGUUAGCUGAGGCAGAGCUGGAUGAUGCUGAGGAUUUCAUGGAGAACGAAGCAUCAUGUGUGUCUCCGAAGCUGGAUGCUCUGCUGAAGGAGAGAGGCUCUGUGCAGCUCUCCAGCAUCCAGGAGCCUGUGAUGGUCAGAGGAUGGCCCAUCGGUCUGGUCAUGGCCUCUGCUCCCAGCGUCACCGUCUCUCUGACAGCCACGGGUUUCCAGCGGAUCGUGUCCAUGAUGGCCUGUCUAAAGAUCCCAUUCAGACAAGGCGAAUACAAAGUAAAGACCAACCAGUUUGACCAGGGAGUGGCGUCUAUCAGAGCUCAGCCGCGGGGCUCCAUUAAGAUGCAUCUUCAGAGGUCUCCGCUGCUCUACGCUGACAUGCACCCAGUGCACAAGACAGACCUGGUGACCGGAUUCAACCAGAUCCUGCUGGAAAGAACCUGACAUUUCAUGCUGUUAAAAGUUUUCAUGCAGCCAGUGCACCUUUGAAAUAGACUACAUUAAGUGAUAUUAAACAUUUAGCCUUGCUGCCUUAAUGUUAGUGCAAUUCAGUGUUUAGUUGUAUUUACUCUCUCAGGUUUCAGCAAGUGCCUUUUAAUUCUGCUGCAUUCAAUCAGUAUAUUCUGUAAAGCGUUUUAUAACUAUUACUUUAUAAUAGCAUGAUCUGUCAUCAUUUAAAAAAUGUUUCUUGCACAGCUUUAAAAAGUGAUAAUUGUAGAUAAGAUUUCAGUUUUUAUUCAUGAUGUGCUGCUAAUAUAUACCAAAAUCGGGUAUUUUAAAAUUUUUGAUUUCUGUUAUUAUCAGUUAGAAACUGAUAACUAUGGAAGUUCUAAGCGGCCAUGCAUUAUAAUAUUUUUUCUUCUUGUUUUCUCGUUAUAACGACUUAAUUUUCUCGACAUAACGAAGUUCGUUUUCUCGUUAUAACGACUUAAUUUUCUCGAAGAAGUUACAAAACUGCGCCAGCAGGUGGCACUAUAGACCUGAAUAUAACUGAUGCGGUGUUGUACACUAUCCACUUUACUGUACGCGGACCUUCCUCGUGAUCGCUAUAAUUUGUGCAGUCUUCAUUACUGACAUUUAAUUAAUUCAUAAAUGUUAAAUGCUUGAAUCAAUAUGAAUAUUUCAUGUAUUAAGUUCCUGCUAGAUGCAUGAGUUUCACCAACGCGUUCUGUGUCAUAAAAUAACUGCUUAUCAAAACCAAGGUUGACGUCACUGUAUUCUGUUUAUCUACAGUAGGACGGGAUUUAACUAUGCAGGCUGAUGUGCUUCUUUUCCUUAUUACUAAUCUUUAUUGUUAACCAUAUUGAUGAGAAAUGUGAUGUAUAUGUAAAAUCCAUAGGCUAAUUUAAUUCAGUUUUGUUCUAUAAUGUUGUAAUCGUUUUUUUCUACACACACACACACACACUACACGUAGUCCUACACAUGGACGCUCUUUUCAAACAGAAGCUUGUAACACACACAACGUUCGUUGUACUGUCUCUGGAAAAAUCAACAGUGAUUGAUCAGCCUUUAUUUAUAUACAGUAUUGUAGACUUUAUUACCUAGGCGAAGCUAAAUUUGCUGAAAUAUAGGCUACAGUAAGAGCGCCUGCAGGGUUGUCCAUCAGAUGCCUGUCAAAGUUGAGUUCGUUACUAUAGCAACAGUAAAAUUGUCAUGUCGUUAUAACGAGAAAACAAACUUUCGUUAUGUCGAGAUAACGAGAAAAAUAAGUCGUUAUAACGAGAAAACGAAAUUCGUUAUGUCGAGAUAACGAGAAAAAUAAGUCGUUAUAACGAGAAAAUGACUUUCGUUAUGUCGUUAUAACGAGAAAACAAAAAGGAAAAAAAAUUAUAAUGCAUGGCCGCUUAGAACUUCCGUAGAUAACAGGCUUUAAAACAAUGUUAUUAAUGAGUUAUAAUGAUAACUGAGGGAGAUACUGGAGAAUAUAGUAUUCUUAAUGUUAAUACAAGUUUUGUACACUUUUCUUGGCAUCUUUUUUUACUUUUUUCAUUGCACAAACACUACUGGGAAAAACCAUUGUCUCAGCAUUUCUGUUAAUGCUCUUACCAAAGCAAAUGGAGUUAAUAUACUUUUUGCAUUUGUAUCUGAACUCGUUUUGUCAAGAUUUAGCAUUUUUUGCUGUUUUAGACUGAAAUAUAUUUUCACACUUAUGUUUAUUUCACCAGCUGCUCACAGGCACAACACAGCGUUCCUCCUUAGAUAAUGUGGAUUUUUUUGUUUGUUUUUUAAACAUUUAAUUGCAUGCACAAGCUUCUUUUAUGACUAAAAAUAAUCAAUAUCUCUGUAUGUUUAUAAUAUCAGGGCAUAAAUCAGCAAAACAUGACUUGUAAACAGGUUUUUUUUUUUUUUUUUUUUUGUACAACAGCACUACUUUAACAAACCAUGUCAAACACCUUGUCAAGCUUUGAUAAUGCUACUAAAGAUUAUUACAGGCU